CACAGCUCCUGUCCCAAGAAGGCGUACAUAGUCCACACUGUCAGAGGAAAAAAGAUCUGCUACACUCAGAGCUUCCAGUGGGCUCAGGACAUGUAUCGGCUCCACAACACUGAAGGCAGCAGCUAGCUGCCACAAAGAUCGUCAGCUAUCAGCUAUCGGCUUUAGUUAAUAAUUGACUGCUUUUUUAAGGCCUUAUGGCUUCGCUUUGUAUUUGUAUUUUCAUAAAACUGGCUUAAAAAUAAAUAAAAAAAUGUAUGCAAGUUCUCUGAAAAGACUGUUAGACGUUUAUGUGAGUGAUCAGAUGUGUGUUAGGUAUGUUUUGUGCAGGGCAAGAACUGUAAAGAAAUAAUAAUACAAAAGUGCUUUUUACUCUGCUGCCUCAAGCUCAAAGCUGUAAAAAGAUCUUUAUAAACUCAUUAAAUACAGAUCUUUAAAAAACUGUCAUCCAGUGUUUCUCAGUCUCUUGUUUUCAUUUGA